GACUUCGCUGUACAGCCUGAUACAAACUCUAUACAGCAGAAUUCUUUAUCGCUAGAGAGCCAUCGCCUCGCCGCUCACGUUGCUAUAUUAGAACCAAGACUCAGUCUUGUCAAUGCAACUAAUCCUGUUUGGGCUGCUCCCUACGUUUACAGUCUAUGGCAGCGAUCAAAUGCCCCUGAUGGAGAGCUGGAAUUGAUGCACUACUUGUGA